AGUGAGUACCAAGCAAGGGGCAAAAAGAAAAGAGCUUGCUAGAGUCUGAAACAAGAAGAGAGCUGCACAAACUGUCCAGCUGUGCGGUGAAGUACUGCCUCUACUUUUCCAUUGCUUAAUGUAUUGGAAGAGAUGGCACCUCUUCCCACCUGGUGACACCAGCUUCCUUUAUCCUACCAGGAUCCCUUAUGAGGAAUCCAGCAUAUUCAGCAAAGUCAAUGUUGCCAACCCUGAUCUGAAACGCUUUCCUGAGUUCAGGAACACAACAGCCCACGUGGUUACACUCAAUCCAGGACAGGCUUCUAGUAGUACCCUCAUGCAAUGUCUCCGAUUCCAGGUCCUGCUCGUUCCAAGGCACUGGUGGCACUACGUGGAAUCCAUUGAUCCCAUCACUGUCAGCAUAAACUCUUGGAUUGAACUGGAUGCAGAUCAUGAAGCCCGUGUAGAAGAAGCAAUAACUCGGAUGCUGGUGUGUGCCAUAAAAUCAGCAGAAAAUCCCAGUGAUGGAGAUCUCUGGCUAAAUCCCACCGAGGUUGAGGCAACAUCCCAUGAAAUCAAUCUUCAGUACCUGAAUCAAGCAGUGUCUGCAUAUUUCAAGUGUCAAAAGGCAAGCGUGGCAGAGCCAGCAUGUUCCAGCAGCACCAGUGCAGAGCAAAGGACAAGCGCCUCAUGCAAGAGGAAGAGAAGAGAAGUUAACCGUGAACCAGAGGGCGGCAGAUUACUGACCCAUGAGUUUGACUUUUCAACACUUAAAGCAGAAAAGCUGCAGAAAAUACCUUUUGGACCUCAUCUUAUUCAAGUUUUACCACAGUCUCGAGAACCAAGCUCGACGGGUGCAGUUGCAGUUGAAAGUGACGGUACAGAUCUUCUCUAUGAAAAUGAAGGAGGACAUUUUGGAAAAUUACACUGCAUCAGAAAGGAAUUAGUAACAAGUAAUGACUGUGAAACACCCACACACCAAAGGGAUUCAGAUGGCAGUCCAAAUGCCUCACAAGCAGCCCUUUCUACCAAUGACUUGCUAGACUGUUUGGUUAAUCCACAUGUCAUCAGUUUGGUGGCUCGGCUGCUGUUGGAGAGAAGAGUUUAAUGCUGGAGUGCUUUAUAAUUUCUGAAAUAAAGAAACCAAAUGGCA